CAGCUCUGGUGCUUUGCUGCGCAUACAGCCAAAAUGCAUUUUUAUUUUCUGUUCUCCCCAUCACCACUACUCAUCCACGCAUCCACUCACUCACGCUUCUGCUCUCUUUCUCUCACACACACACUCUUCUCAAUACGCUAAUCAAUAGUAUUCCUUGCGCUCAAUCUGUACAUUCAUGUCACCCUCCACAAACUCGCGCACAGAGGUCGCCAAUACCUCGUACUCGGCCGCAAACUUUGCGUCCAUCUUCGCAGUCUUGAACACGUUCAGCGCCGCCAUUCGCGUGCCUGACAUCCAGGAGCCAGAGGAUCUCGACACCGUGGUCAGAUGCACAGACGACACAAAGGCCCUCAGGGAGCUAGCGCUGACUCUGCUGGCCGCCGCUGUGGACCGCAAGGCAAAGUCAUUGCUGACGGAGGACCAAUGGCCUAAGCUCUGCAGCUCUCUAGCAGCCGGCAGCGCCGUUCAUCUGCUCAAGGGCCUGGAGGUUCCCGAGGACGCUGCCGAGUCGCUCGAUGACUUUGUCGCGCAGCCGCCAGCCGUGCGCGUCGACGUUCUCUACUGGUUCUGCGAAAUCGCCCUGAUGAACAACACAGUCAUUAAGGCGCUUAUCGAUGGUGAGUGCGAGAGAGAACGCAAGCCCGCCUCUGCCUCGACAAACACAGCUGUGAAUGACGCACUCGUUCGUCUGACCCCCUUGGUUGAGAUUGCCAAGCAGAGAUACUGGCUGUUUGGAAAUAACACGCGGCAAUUGUAUCUUGAGUCCCUGUCGCAGAAGGGCAAGGGCAGGCUGGAGUUACUGGCCCAAAGUCUGGAAGAAUUUGCCGCUGUUGCUGCUGAUCUCAGGGCUCAGCGCAGCCACGCCCAGAAGGAGCUGGCUGACCGGCUGGACACCGAGGUCGUUCCGUUCUUGGAGAAGCAAAGGAGGAAGAGGGAGCGCGUCGAGCGCGCGCUGCAACGCCAGGCCAUAGCCGCAGCCAACGUCCACCUGUACGAGACGCGCACCAGAAAGCGCCAGCGCGUCAACUACAAUGUCGACGAAGACAUUUCGUACGACUUUUAAAAAGUGCUGCACAUGCACGCACUCACGUUUCCGGGCAUUU